GGUGGGUCCUGCAGCCAGUGGUGUCUGUGCUAGCGAAGGAGCAGGUGAGCAGGUCAGUACUGGCUGAUUGCUCGCUGAUUGGUGGCCUGCGUUUUGGAUGUCUAAUACCUAGGUACUCCCCUCAAGAGUCAAAUCAGCGGAGAAGGACGCCCACGUUUGCCUUUGCCAUUGGGUUUUGCCGUGUGGCCGCUUCAUAAAAACGUCCCAAGCAGCUAUGCGAGUGCGUGACCAAGUUGCUGCAGCCAUAAGAAGGCUAUUGCAAGAGAAAGUGCGCAAAGCCCCAGGCCAAAGGCUGCUGUGUAUCUAAAAGUUGCCGGGGAGCUGUGCGCGAAGUGUUCUUGUGCAAUACAAAAUGGAAGUCAACAAACAACUGAAAGCAGAUUUUGAGUUCCCAAGCCCAGCACUGUCCUGUUUGUUGCCCUACUUUGCAAAAGACCUGCGCACACUUUUGACAGUCUGCUGUGUUUCACGCGAAUGGAAGGAAGCUGCGACAACAGACCCCAGUCUGUGGACAGAAAUCUGCAUUCCUCAGGGCCUGAAGACAAAGAUCACGGAUGAGAAAUUAGCAACUGUUCUGGACAACCUGAACGGUCAGGGCCUGGUCAGCAUUGACAUCUCAUGUUGCCGGCUUUUGACUGAUCACUCUGUUCACAAUAUUGUGUCAAGUUUGAAGGACGUUCCAGAAUUUGUGAAUAUCAGCGAGUGUGGGCCUUUCACAUGGAGAAGUGUCAUUCCACUGGCCCAACACAUGCUCAAGCUACUUCGGACGAAGAAAGCAGGCGCGACUUGUGGUGGUGUUUUGCCCCACUAUGUUCUGCACCUAAAUGGUGUCGAAUGGCUGGAGUGUCCUCUGGAUCUGUUCAAAGAGUGCUUUGAGAACACGCCCCUCCAAGAUGACCUCGACGAUGCAAGCAUCUGCCCUUCGUGCCAUAUGGUGGAGGAGACGCAUGAGUGCAGUUUUUGCCAAGAGGUGCUCGGGCCCGAAGGGGUUUGUUGGUGGAAGACGAAGCUGUGUGGCGCCUGCCAGGGGGUAGGCUGCGAAGAGCAUUUUGAUGGGCAAGGUCCUCCUUGCUUCCAUGGGCUGUGCCAAGACUGCAGCAACAAACUGCCUCUUACGUGCGGAGAGUGUGGGGCUCAAGUAUGCCCCCAAUGCGAUGCGUCGCGGCAUGAGCCAUGCGUCUACUGCGAAAAGCCAGUCUGUGACCGCUGCCGAUUCUUCAACACUCUCUGCCCCUGCAAGUACGAAGAGAUGACGCUGGACGAGUUUCGAAGCAAGGACUUUCAGGCGAUCUGCACCAGCUGCCUAGAUGAGGAGCCGCAAGAAUCGGAGCUUCCCCAAGAAAGAAGCUCCUCGGCUCGAUCCAAGAAUAAGGACAACGUUCCGUCUCCACUGUGCAUCCCGUGCCUCCUCAAGACGUACAAUGGUGACAAUCAGACGGACGAGAGGAGUGUUGUAAUGGGGCUUAGAAUCUUGGGGGAUAAGGUGAAGGAAUUGUCCCGUUUGCUUACCCUCUAACAGCGGCGAAGGCCACAGAUCCCACUGAAAUCAAUUAAAUGUCAAAGUGGCAACCGAACGUCUGACAUCUCUUGCCCGAAACUGGGCUCCGAUGGUUAGCAAACUAGCAAACUCAAAGGAAUAGCCUGAAACAUAUGAAUCAGACAGUUUUUGUGGCUGUUGCCAAAAGCUCCCUUGUCGAAAUAAUCGCGCAUUC